AUGACUCUUCUCGAAGCCAUUGUGCCUCAAGUUCUCACACAUGCCCCAACAACUCUUACUGAACGGAACAAAGACUUCAAAGACAACUUGUGCAAGUUCUAUGGAUGCUACAGCCGAAAGAAAUCCUGGGUGCGAUGCAUGCUUCUCGAUGUUGCAUUUCCGAAGUCGCUCGUGAUUGCGUCGCAUUUGUUUCGUCGCAGCAACGAAUAUCUGUCGCUUGUGAUGAUGCAGAUAUCUGACAUCGACGAUGUGAAGAAUGGGUUGCUACUGUUCAUGCCUUUGAAAUACGCAUUUGAUCAUUUCCAAAUCAGCUUCAUUCGCGACGAUACGGACGAAUUCCGUUUGAAGCUCUUUGAUCCAUCUAUUCGUGGCACCCCUCUCAUUGAUCUCGCGGACCGCAACGGCAAAAAAGUGUUCAGCGCGGAGCAGACACGAGUGCUCCUCAGCAGCGUAUCGUUGUCGAAAAAACCGUGCCGCUUUGAUGUCCGGACAACGUUUGGUGACGUGGAUGGCAGUGCUCUGACAUUCACUGGUUUAGAACGACCGUUCUUUCGCUGUUUGAAUCUACAGGCAAGAGUGGCGCGCAUGGUUGCAUUGAAGAAGAAAUGGAUCGAUGCAUCCUAUGACUUUCAAGAUUUUUGGUCGGAAGUCUCUCUUGACGACAAAAUGGAAAUGUUCCACCGUAGCAUCGUGAAUGCUGAUGCAGCGUUUUUUGAUUGA